AUGAGGAGAGGGAGUGUUCAGGAGGUGCCAAGAUGGCAGCGCGCUGCGCUCCGAGAGAGUGAAAGCAAGCCGAGGGGGGAGUAAAUCCCUUCAAGUUCGGCCUCAGAGGAGAAGGAGGGGCGGCCGUUCUGCCUGAGGCGUCGGCCUAGUCGUCCUCUACGCCCCGGACAGUGGCAGCUCCGCUUUGGGGAAGGAAGAGCGAUGAAGUGAUGGGAAGAUGGCGAGCGAGAGCGGGAGGAAGCAGUUCUGGAAGCGAAAUGCCUCACGGGUACCGGGCAGUAUUCAACAUGUAUAUGGAGCUCAGCAUCCUCCUUUCGACCCGCUGUUGCAUGGAACCUUAAAACCUGGAGCCAAGCCACCCACAACUCCUGUGAAACUGAAGAAGGUCAGCACGUUUCAAGAGUUUGAAAGCAACACAAGUGAUGCCUGGGAUGCUGGGGAUGAUGACGAUGAACUCCUUGCAAUGGCAACAGAAAGCCUUAACACUGAUGUAGUCAUGGAAACAGCAAACAGAGUAAUUCAGAAUCAUAGUAAAUUACAAGAACAGCACAAAUUGCAAGAGGAACAUGUCGAAAGACAACAAGCACAGCAACCUUCUGACCUGCCUUCAGCAUCUGGUGACAACAGAUUGGUUAAAUCUGUGAGUGAAAGCAAUGCAUCAACUUCUACAGAAAGUGCUAAUGAAAAUGCUUCCAUGCCAAGAUCUCAGUCCCUUCCACAAACGUCAACAGUAACUAUGGUGGGUGGAGUUGUGGAGCACAAUACCUCAGGUCUUCCAAUACUAUCGGAAAGAGAAGCAUCGCGGUUAGAUAAAUUCAGACAACUUCUUGCGGGCCCCAAUACAAACCUUGAAGAAUUACGGAAGCUGAGUUGGUCAGGAAUCCCAAAACCUGUUCGGCCAAUUACCUGGAAGCUCCUCUCAGGUUACCUCCCUGCAAAUGUUGAUCGGAGACAAGGCACUUUACAGAGAAAGCGGAAAGAAUAUUUUGCUUUUGUUGAACAAUAUUAUGAUUCAAGGAAUGAAGAAACUCAUCAGGAUACAUACCGGCAGAUUCAUAUAGAUAUUCCUCGUAUGAGUCCGGAAGCUUUAAUUCUUCAACCCAAAGUAACAGAGAUCUUUGAAAGAAUUUUAUUUAUCUGGGCAAUACGUCAUCCAGCCAGUGGAUAUGUCCAGGGCAUUAAUGAUCUUGUUACUCCUUUUUUUGUUGUCUUCACUUGUGAAUAUACAGAAGAAGAAGUGGAAAAUUUUGAUGUUUCCAGCUUGCCUACUGAAGUACUGCAGAACAUUGAAGCUGACAGCUUCUGGUGCAUGAGUAAACUGCUUGAUGGGAUUCAGGAUAACUACACCUUUGCACAGCCAGGUAUUCAGAAGAAAGUGAAAAUGCUGGAAGAACUUGUUAGCCGGAUCGAUGAGCAAGUACACAGACACUUAGAGCAACAUGAAGUGAAGUAUCUUCAGUUUGCUUUCCGCUGGAUGAAUAACUUGCUGAUGAGAGAAGUUCCCCUGCGGUGCACCAUAAGGCUUUGGGAUACAUACCAGUCUGAGCCAGAAGGCUUUUCUCACUUCCACUUGUAUGUCUGUGCUGCCUUCCUUGUCAGAUGGAAAAAAGAGAUUUUAGAAGAAAAAGACUUCCAGGAACUACUCAUCUUUUUACAGAACCUGCCCACAAUGCAUUGGGGAAACGAAGAGAUCAGCGUUCUCCUCGCAGAAGCCUACAGACUGAAGUUUGCAUUUGCAGAUGCUCCCAACCAUUACAAGAGAUGAAAGAACAAAAGAAAUACAUAUGUACUGCUGUUGUGGCAUCAUUUUCAUUAUUCUUGUUGUGUGAAACACCGUUACCCAUCCAAUUAUUCAUGUGAAGCGUUCCAGUAUAGUUCUGCAAGAACCUAUGUGAUCAUUGGAUUACCAAAGAAAUGGACAACAUAGAAGACCAUGUUGGUUUUAAAGGGAACAUUUUUGUUCAUUGCCUACAGAAAAGUUGGAAGCUCCCUUUUCUUAUUAUCAUGCUUCCGUUUUCCUUUAGUAAUUGACUUAUUAUGUUAAUGAAGAAAGUGUUUUAUGUUCAUUGGUAUCUAAUGACUGAUUGUCUUGUCUCCAUGAGCUUUAUUCCUAGUUGAUUGUGUUCAUUAUUUUGAUGGAAAUAUUUCUGGUGUCUGGUGUGCUUGGGAGCUAAUAGGAAUAAUCAGUCUUGCAUUGAAAAUGAGGACAAAUGAAUUGGGUGGUAAGGUCACAUAGGAGUUGUAUGAGCUUGUUUUUAUUUUAGUUUGAAACACAAAAUAUUUAAAUACCUUUAGUGUUAUCUUUGUUUACACAAAUAAACCAAGUUAACAGAUUUCAAUGGAACGCAAUGUUGAGAACUUGAAAACUAUGCCACAUACAUGAACACAAGAAAUCCCCAGAUGUUAUACACUGUGAAAGGCAAAUAGUGUUAAUAACUUAUUACACUUUACUUUCUGUGAUGUGUUGGCUAUACAUUAAGAAAUGGAUCUCUUCUGCCAUAAUAAUAUACUCAUAACUUAAUUCUUAAAACUAUCAAAUGUUUUCAGUAUAUAGACUUCUAAUCUUCAAGGAUUUUUUAAAAAUGAGAAUCUUAGUUUACAGUAGAGUAUAUUUUAAUGUGUUAUUGCCUUAUGAUGAAUUUCUAACAUGAUAGGAACAAUUAAAAUAUUGGAUAUUUAUCUGAUUCAUUUGAUGUCUAACUCCACCAAACAUAGGCUGUUUUGAUUGUGGAGGAAACACAGAAGUAAUCAGUUGCUCCGACAGCCAACAACCAAGAUACUACUCCACCCUUUUGCAUGAAUUUUAAUUGUGUUGAGCAAAUUUUGGAACAUAAGAUAGAUGGCGAUUCUGCUAUUCGAGUCUUCUCUGCCAUUCCAGUUUGCUUUACUUACAAAUUGUGUUGGCUGAAAAAAUAAGUUUGCCAGAGGAAUUUGCCUAUAUAAGAUAUUCAUUUGAGGAUUGAUGCACAAGUUGAUUAAAAAGUUUGUCUCACCUCAAAACAUCUAACAAAGCAAACUAUGAUUUUGGUAACUUAAGUUACUGCACUUUAUAGAAGGCUCUAGCAAACAUGAAUAGUUAAUAGCCUACUGUAAGGGACUAUUUAUCUAAACAGUAGACUUGUAGUAUCCAGUGUUAAAAGCUUCAUUGGACAAUUUUGGAUUAAAUAGAUGGAAUUUGAGUUUUUUCCAUAUAAAAGUCCUGUGCGCAUAGGAAGCUGGCAUACUACCGAGAAGGUGAUGCAACACUUUUCUCCCAUCUGUCCCAACUAGAUUUGCUGUCUCCAAAUGAGAUAGGAUGAUGAAAAUAGUAUUUCAUCAACACCUGGAGGGGAAUGAGUCCCCUACCCCUGUUUUCUGGACAUAUUUUUUCUCAGAUUAGCCCUAAACUGUGUAGAUCUUAAUUUCAAGAGCUCUUCAAAUGUGCCUUUUGGUUUUGGUUUUGAUGUCUUUCAGUUCAGCUGUACUUGUUAUAUUGCUGCCUAACAGAAGUGUAGAUGCCUCAAUAUAUAUAAGAAGAGCUGUUUACUCUCUCACAACCCCUCCAAUCACUUUGGAGGAUUGAUUUUAAAGUGCGAUAGAUGCGUGUUCUUAAGAGGCUAUUAAAAUAUCUUAAGGGUAUUUUUAAUAUAUAAAUAUAUAUAUUGAAAGGAUUAUUUACAAGUGUCUUACUAUUUAGCCAUGCAUGUUUUGGGGACAUUGGGUAUGAAAUCCAGUCUACCCCUAGUUUGAGUCCUCAUUUUCCCCGCACAUGGCUGUUUAAUAGCUUUAUUUAAGUAAUACAAUUGUUCUGUGUACUUUCUGGUAGAGGGGUAUGGCCACUUUCAUGGGGAUAAAAUGAUGGAGAGCUUCCAAGACAACAGUAAAGGGGGAGCUGAUGGUGCUGCCUUACUUAGGCCAUCGUAAUACAACACUGCUUAAAGAGGAACAUAUGUACUGCUGCUACACCUAUCCUUCCAGAAAGUAAUAUAAUGUGCAUGGGAGGUUGGGUCUAGUGCAGUAUUAGCAGAUAUUACCAUAGGAGGUUCUCAUCUUGUCAUGAAGAUAUUACAUAGUAAUAAAUGUUGUGGAGAUGAAAUUGAUUUCUGUGGCAUAGUUCAACAUUUCUACAGAACACGGGGUAUGUGUCAUACUCAAACCCCAAAUAACGGCUAAGUUUUAUGUUCAUAUAUGAUUUCUCUGCCAUGUUUAUCUCUUAAGUUUACAAAGUGUCAUGUUGUGCCUAACAAAAUUUCUUCCAGUAGCAGAACACAAAACUAAAAUAGCAAAAACAUAAUACCUGUUAAUGAUGAUGAACAUUUUAAAAGAGGAAAAAAGUGCAAUUUCCGUACAUCUGGGAUUUCUAAAAAUGCAAUUAUAAGAAGUACCCCAUAGGUGUCUGUUAUAUUAAAUGGGCUUGGGGAGGGAGAGAAUAUUUGAGGAACAAGAAUAAUAAGCUUCCUUUAUAAUUUCUAUUUGUGAUCUGACUCAUCACAGCUUCCAAGCUCCAUUAGGAGUUGAAUUGCUUCCUAUUGAAAAAUUAAGUCUAUCAUAGUGGGGGGGAAAACCCUGGAAAAACUAGAAAAAGAGGUUAAGCACAUCAGAUUUUCCUAAAUGCAGAACGUGCAUUCUUGUUUUAUACAAAUGGGGUAUUUUGCAGAUAACUGAUAGAAUUUCAUGCACAUCUUUCCCUAUAUACAUAGUGUGUAUUCCCUAUAUACUUUUCUCUUAAAAGGGAAUUAAUCUUAGUUUUUGAUAGUUUUUUGUAUCUCAGGUAAAGUGCCAUCCCAACCAAACGUUACGUGGAAGAAAUAUUUCUGCCAUUUUUACACCCCUUUACUAGACCUAGAAAAGUAACAAUUAAAUUGGUAUUUAACAUAGCUAUUCUUCUGUUAAUAUUUUCAGCAUAGAAAAGAUAUCAGGACAUCCAGUAAUGUAGCCUGAUUUGUAGUUUCCUAAAGGUUCAUCAGGAAAAUGCUGAAGAUGCUGUUGUCAUAAAUGCAAUACUAACUAAUCUCUGUAACAAAAAAGCUGUACAGUGCAAAUAACCAAUUUAUAUCUAUGGCAUACGCUUUGAAAUGUAAAUAGUAAACAAUAUAUUGAAAUAUGUAAAUAUAAUACAAGGAAGAAUAUUAACUGUCAAUCAUCUGUACAUCUCAAAUAUAACAAACUAGUUGCACUAGUCUUUAAUUUGAUAUGGAAGAACCCCAUAGAUUUGUAUUUAACUUGAGAACUCUACAAUAAAAUGUAAGUACCUAA